UGGCCCAAAGACGUGAACCCUCAGGAGAUGGAGCAGACCAUCCGGUUCAGAAAGAAGGUGGAGAAAGACGAGAUCUACAUCAACAGCAUCCUGCAGCUGGGCAGCGUCAUGGAUCACUGCAUCAGACAGAACAAUGCUGUGGACAUCUACCCGGACUACUGUGAGGACCAGGACCAGGAGGAGGACCAUCUGGAGCCGCCGUCUGCAAAGACCAUCAACAUGUUCAGAGAUCCUAACGAGCUGAAGCGGACCGUCACCGGUCUGUCGUGGCAUCCUGACGGUGGCAGGAAGCUGGCGGCUGCCUACUCUUGCCUUGAGUUCCAGAAAACCUCUAAAGACAUGAGCCCGGACUCCUACAUCUGGGACAUCGAGAACCCGAACAGACCAGAGAUGACUCUGAAGCCGGCGUCUCCACUCGUCUGUCUGGAGUACAACCCUAAAGACUGCCACACUCUCGUGGGAGGCAGCUACAACGGACAGAUCGCAUACUGGGACACUCGGAGAGGCAGCCAGCCAGUGGAGGUUUCCUCUGUGGAGCACAGUCACAGAGACCCAGUCUACAAGAUCAUCUGGCUGCAGUCUAAGACUGGGACAGACGCUUUCUCUGUAUCUACUGAUGGACAGGUUCUGUGGUGGGACGUCCGCCGGUUGAGUGAGCCCACAGAGCGUCUGGUUCUGGACCCGAGCAGGGAAGGAAACCUGGACCGAGCUUUAGGAGCCAUCUCUCUGGACUUUGAGUCUACCAUGCCUACUAAAUUCAUGGUGGGGACAGAAGAGGGUCUGGUUGUGUCCUGUAACAGGAAGGCAAAGACUCCUUCAGAGAAGAUCGUCUGUACGUAUGAUGGACAUGAGGGACCCGUCUACGCUCUGCAGAGGAACCCUUUCUUCCCCAAAAACUUCCUCACUGUGGGGGACUGGACGGCCCGCAUCUGGUCCGAGGACAUCAAGGAGUCCUCCAUCAUGUGGACCAAGUAUCAGAUGUCGUAUCUGACGGACGCCUGCUGGAGUCCCGUCCGUCCCUCCGUCUUCUUCACUGUGAAGAUGGACGGCAUUUUGGACGUCUGGGACAUCUUGUUUAAACAGAACGACCCCACACUGAGUCUCAAGGUGUGUGAUGAGGCCCUGUACAGCCUCCGUCUACAUGAAACCGGGCGGUUGGUGGCGUGCGGCUCUCAGAGGGGCGGAGCUACGCUGCUGGAGAUCAACUCUGGACUGUCGACGCUUCAGAAGAACGAGAAGAGUCUUCUGGCUGCUAUGUUUGAGCGAGAGACAAAGCGAGAGAAGAUCCUGGAGGCCCGGCAGAGAGAGAUCCGUCUGAAGGAGAGGAGCCGGUCUGAGCAGAGCCGGGACGAGGACGGGGGACGAGAGGACCAGGACCAGAACCAGAACCAGCUGAUGGCCAGAGCUGAGGACCACUUCUACCUCGUCACGGAGAUGGAGACCAAGAGACGGAGGGACAACCAGACAACCGGAUCAGAGGACCAGGACCAGAACCAGAACCAGAGUCAGACUCAGAGCGAGAGCCAGGACCAGAACCAGAGUCAGAGCUAGAGUCGAGACCAGGACCAGGACCAGCAACUGUCUUCUGACCAUAGUAUUGAUGAGCUGUGAAGUGAUCGGUGUGGAACUCUUUAAUUAAUUAAACUAAUUAAAC